AUGCCAACGUUCAAAAACUGUUGCUCGGUCCUGCAAGUAGAAAUAGGGUUGACGACUGAUUACUGGGUCGGUGGCCGGUUUGACUUGGAUACCAACGCUUGGUCGUGGACCGUGGACGAAUCUGCUAUGCCCCUAGGGUCACCCUACUGGGCAGUGAGGCACAGUAGUUCGUGUGUGCGGCGCCCCCCGCCCCACACUGACCCCUUCAGCAACCCCCCUACUGCUCUACCAGAUGCCCCCUGCUUCUCCUACACCCAGGCGCCCGCCAAGCGUCAGGAGGGAUGGUGCUCCGCCUUGACCUACGAACACUACUACUACAUGACCGACCAGAGUUGCCAGGAGGAACGCAGCCCACUCUGCAUGCUGGAGGCCGACGAUGAUGAUGACCAACUUGAUGAGGAACCUGAGGGGAAAGUCUGAGGAGGGGAAGC